AUGGACAUAGUUGCCGACCCCGCCGACCCCGGACUAGCUGAAUUCCCUGAGGAACCAGACACCAACGUUAAUGACGGGUACCAGACAGACGGAGAUGAUACCAUGUGCCCACUCACUUCCAGCGCUACACGUUGCGUGGAUGAAAAUGGACGUACUUAUCCUUCCCAUGGCCGCCACGAGUAUCCUGUUCCAAAUGACCAAUCGGAGCAAGAGAGCCAGCGCAUUCUGCAUCGGAUAUUCUUCCUUGUAUGCAAACAAAGAUUACACCUUGCGCUAAUAUCCCCGGGCCAUAAAACCCUGGACGUGGGUACAGGUACCGGAGAGUGGGCAAUUGACUUUGGAGAACAAUAUCCUGCUGAGUCUAUUAAGGGUACAGACCUCAGCCCGAUCCAGCCGGAGUGGGUGCCGCCAAAUGUCAUCUUUUUGGUCGAUGACGCAGAAGCCAAGUGGACACCAGAUUUGUAUACCUUUAUACAUACACGCUCUCUUAUUAGAGGGAUCCGUGACUGGCCUUCUAUAAUCCGCCAGGCGCACUUAAAACCCGGCGGCUGGAUAGAAUGUCAAGAACCAGACUACUUCCCACGUACGGACGACGGCAAACUCAGCUCCGACAACUCCUUGGGCAAAUUCUGGCAAGAAGUAAGUAAAGGAUUUGCGGAGAUGGGCGUUAAUCUAAAUAGUCCAGCACAGCUCGAAAGUCUGAUGCGGGAAGCGGGGGUUGUGAACGUGAAAGAAGAGGUAUUCGAUAUCCCUGUCGGACCAUGGCACAGUGGCCUCAGACAAAAGGAGAUUGGACAUUUGUGGGAGGAUGUACUGCUUCAAGGCUUAGAAGGGAUAGCACUGAGGCCGCUAUGUCGUCUAGGCUGGAGAGCGGAAGACGUAUAUAUUUUUUUGGCCCAGAUUCGGAAGGAAUAUUCUGUGAACAAGACGCACACGCGGUUCUAUGUAGUGUAUGGACAGAAGCCGUAA